AAAACAAUGUAUCACAUAGCCGAAGGCUUUUCAAAUCCGCAACCGUAGAUUCCUCUAAGCAAAUCGUCCUUAAUAUCAUAAAAUUUAAAAAAAAAAAUCAGAAACAUAAAUAUCUCGUAGAUAUUAUGAUAAAAAGAUUAGACUACAUAUUUAAAAUAAAAUCAAAAUUUAAAUAUUAGUAUUGACUAUAUAAAUAAUCAUCGACAUUAAUUUAUUUCACAUACGAUUUGAUCUGACUCCGAAAACAAAAAGAAAAAUAAUAAUGAGGAAGUUCAAUUCAAUUUUGAUGGUAGUUACUUUACUAUUAUCAAUUUCUUCUUUAGCCUUCAGUCAAUGUCAUGUAACCUUUCGAGAUUUACAACCAUGCCUUCCACAAAGAGCUAAUGAUGUUACAACACACUAUGUUGUUACACCACAAUGCUGCAUUACCAUUCUUAAUAUGGUUAAUUGUUCUAAUAGCAUCAAGUCUGCACAAUGGCUACCUAACUUUAGAAAACAAUGUCAAAACCUUGGUACUACUCCCCCAACCACUCCUCGUAUUCCAUCACCAUCGGUGUCAGUGCCACCAUCACCAUCGGUAUCUAUGCCUCCUCCAUCAUUGGAUACUCCAGCACCGAUGCCAUCACCACCACCAUCACCGUCAGUGUCUAAACCUCAUCCAACACCAUCGAUGCCAGUGUCACCACCACCACCACCACCACCGUCAGUGUCUAUACCUCAUCCAGCACCAUCGAUGCCAGUGUCACCACCACCAUCACCGUCAGUGUCUAUACCUCAUCCAGCACCAUCGGUGACAGUGUCACCACCACCACCACCACCGUCAGUGUCUAUACCUCAUCCAGCACCAUCGAUGCCAGUGUCACCACCACCAUCACCAUCAGUAUCUAUGCCUCCUCCAUCAUCUAAUACUCCAAAAACACCACCGUUGUCAAAGUCUCCAUCACCAACAAAACCGGUGUCUCCAACAUCAUCACCAUCAGUAUCUAUGCCUCCCCCACCGUCAGAUACUACAUCACCACCACCAUCGGUGUCUGUACCUCCCCCAUUAUUCCAUGCUGCAUCGCCAUCGCCUCCAACAGAACCAACAGUACUUGUGCCUCCAACACCAUCAGUAGCUAUGCCUUCCCCUACAGCACCAUCACCUCCAACAAAACCAAUAGUGUCUCCAGUACCAUCAUCACCAUCAACAUCUGUGCCUCAUCCAACAACACCAUCAUCACCACCACCGGUGCUUGGGUCAUCACCAAAGUUAUCAUCCCCACCAACGGUGCCUCCCUCACCACCAUCAUCAAAAACUCCAAACACAUCUCCCAAACAUCACCAUCACCAUCAUCACCACCAAGUACCGUCACCACCUUCUUCGAAAAGAGAUGAUAAGAAGAUUACUUGUAUUUCAUCAAUAAUUCAAGCAAAAACAAUUUGUAGGCCAGAAGCUAUUUCAGGUUUUUUCCACAAAAAAAUUGAAAUUGGUCAAGAUUGUUGUGAGGCCAUCAACAAACUCGAUAAGCUUUGUUUCAACCAUCCUAGCCAUCGUUUUGGUUACGGCUAUCCAUAUUUUGUCAGACAAUAUUGUGCACGACACUAUUAGCUACAAUAUUAACCUUUUUUUUUUAGUUUUCUUAUCAUAUUUAGUUAUUUUAUUUUGUUAGGAAAUUUUUGUUUUGCACAUUAGAGAUUUUUU